AUGACCUUCGAGCCCGACGAGGCCUGGCUAGUCGACGACGCCUGUAUGGCGGUCGUCCUGCGCGGCCGCGCGCAGUUUAAGUGGAUGAGUACCGGGCAGGGGUGGGAUGAGACGUUUAUUUAUCGGAUCGCGCUUGCGGAGGAGAAGGGGGGUGAUGUUGGUGGUGGUGUUGAUAUGGCGAGGACGGGGGUUAGUACCGCUACCGCCGGCGAUGGCGAUGGGAAAGGGAAGAGCAGGCUUAAGGUCGUUGAGUAUCAGGUCUGGGCUGAUAGUGGUGCGGCGUAUUUGGCGCGGAUGGGCAAGUUGGGGGAUUUGAUGGGUGAGAAGGGGGGGCUGGAGGGGAUUUAUUUUGCGGAUGGGGAUGGGGAUGGGGAGGAGGCUAUUGGGGAUAAGGAGAUGGAGGAGAGGAAGAUGGUGGGUAGGGAGACGCAGAGUUCGUUGAAUCGGAAGAGGAGUGGGUAUGAGGAUGUUCUUGGGGCUGGGUUGAAUGUUUAUGGGAGUUGUGGGUGA